AUUGAAAAAUUUCAGCAACUUGCAUAAUUUAGAUAGUUUUCGAAUUAAAUAUUGCAUUUAAUUAAUACAAUGAAAACCCCACUUAGUAAGCAGAAAGGCUUUUUUGCCGAAUAUUAUCUAAAUCUACGAAAUGCGGGAGGCGACAGCUGCGAGGCGGACAUUGCCAAAUUGGACACAUGUGGCAACGAUGCCGAACGCGUGGCCUAUGUGGAGCAGUUGGAGUGGGUGCGUGCGGGCGAUGCGGCGCUGCAAAUAGAACGUGAAUACACGGGCAAGAGCGCACAAGUCGCAGCGGAGUUUAAGGAACGUGCCACAACGGCAUUCAAACAAAAGAAAUGGCUGGAGGCAAUGCUGCUCUACAGCAGAAACUAUGUGACAUUGCCAAGUGAUAAAGUUGCGGAGCGUGCUGUUGCCUUGGCCAACCGUUCGGCUACUUUAUAUCAUUUGGACAAGCACUGCGAGUGCUUGGUGGACAUACGCCGCUCGCUGCAGCUAAACUAUCCCAAGGAUCUGAUCUACAAGCUCUAUGAGCGCCAAGCUCGCUGCUUUCUAGCUCUAAAGGAUUAUCCACGCACUAUAGCCGCAUUCAAAAAAUGCAUUACGGCCAUGGACGACUCUAGUUUGCCUGCAGAUCGUCGCUCCAAGCUAACAUUGGAUGCCAUAACUAUGAUUAAAAUGCUGGAGGCUGAUCCACGCACCGCCAAACAGGCCGCCAAGCAGCAGCAGCUCAAGCAAACGGCAAUUUCGCGUCUGGAGCAAGCACAAGGACUGCCUGAGGAACAGGAAUUUGUUAGCAAGCUGGUGCGCAUUGAUCGCAAUAAGCAGGAGGGCAGAUUCGCGCGUGCAGCCGCCGAUGUGCAAGUUGGUCAGGAGCUGCUCGUUGAAAAGCCCUAUGUAGCAGUGCUGCUCGAGAAAUAUGCUCAAACGCAUUGCGAGUUUUGUUUUGUGCGCACUGUCGUACCCGUUUGCUGUCCCAACUGCGCGGAUGUCAUCUACUGCUCGGAGCAGUGUCAGCAAAACUCCACAGCCAAGUAUCAUAAAUACGAGUGCGGCAUUUUGCCCAUCAUAUGGCGCUCGGGUGCCUCGAUUAACAAUCACAUGGCGCUGAGAAUCAUUGCCAGCAAGCCCUUGGACUACUUUUUGCAGUUGCAGCCAUUUGGCAACGAGGAGCUGCCAAUUGAGGAGCUACUAAGCCUACCCAAGGACGAUUUCCGUCGCGUUGCCUUCCUGGAACGCCAUCAGCAGGAGCGUCCGCCUGCCAACUUCUUCCAGUACGUGCUCAUGUCCCGUUUCCUGACCAAAUGCCUGCAAGCUGCUGGCUACUUUGGCAGUUCAGCCGGCCCCAAGCAAGUCCAGGCCAUCAAUGCGCUGCUGCUGCGCAGCUUGCAGUUUAUUCAAUUCAAUACGCAUGAAGUGGCCGAGCUGCAUAAGUACAGCAAGGCGGGCAGGGAGAAGUCCAUAUUCAUUGGUGGCGCCAUCUAUCCCACGCUGGCGCUCUUCAAUCACUCCUGCGAUCCGGGCGUGGUGCGUUACUUCCGCGGCAACACCAUUCACAUCAAUAGCGUGCGUCCCAUUGAGGCAGGCUUGCCCAUCAAUGAGAACUAUGGUCCCAUUUAUACGCAGGACAAGCGCGAGGAUCGUCAAAGCAGGCUGAAGGAGCUCUACUGGUUCGAGUGCAGCUGCGAUGCCUGCCUGGACAGCUGGCCACUCUUCGAUGAACUGGCGCGUGACGUCAUUCGCUUCCGCUGCGAGGCGCCCAACAACUGUGCGGCCAUCAUCGAAGUGCCGCCCACUUGCAACGACUUCAUGAUCAAAUGUGUGACCUGCGGUGAAAUGACAAACAUACUCAAGGGCCUGAAGGUUAUGCAGGAUACGGAAAUGAUGACGCGCACGGCCAAGAGAUUCUAUGACACCGGCGAUUAUGCCAAGGCCUUGAACAAGUUUGUGGAUUUGCUGAAGAUUAUGUACGAAGUGUUGGCGCCACCGUUUCCUGAUUUCUGCGAGUGCCAGCAGCAUUUGAAGGAUUGCUUCCUCAACUUGGGCAAUGUUUAUGAGUUGGAUUAAUACCCGAAAAGUUUAUUUAUCAUGUUUGUUUGAAGUUAUUAAAAUGAAAUGGCAUUUGCUUUAUAUAAAAACGUGGUUUAAUAAAUUAGUGGCGCUGCAAAGGAACAGAAUAAAUAUAUAGACAGAUGACAGAAGCUGCUUAGAACUUAUGUAUGAUUAUAUCAAUAUAAAAUAUAAAAUCAAUUGUUUGAAA